AUGACUGUUGUUGACCGAAUUGAAGUUUGCCCAACACUUAUCCGAACAUUCUUCCAAAAGGACAACCAUCACACAGUCGCAGAAUUUGCAAAAGAAUUCCCUUCUCCAGAGGCAUAUGUCUAUACAUGGAAAGAUGCAACCUUACGUGAAUUAUCGUACACAAUCAUUAGAACAGCAAAGCUCAGCGAUGUGAAAACAUUAUCAUUCAUGAUGGUAAUACCAAACAUGACAGAAGGAGGCUGGCAAAUGCAAAAUUUAGGAACAAUAGAUUUAGAAGAUAUGAAUUUAGUAGAAACUACAACUUUAGAAGGUUAUGACUUCGUUCCAGGUUUCAUGCUUGAUAUAGCCUAUACCACAAAUGAAUAA